AUGGGAUCCGAUGGUGACAUCGAUCCGCGCCGGAAACGGAGGCGCAUCAGUCCUCCCGAAACAGGGCCUUAUAUACUGCGGCCUCUCCUCGAGGACGUUCCAGUGCAGGCAGAAGACGAUGAGGGACAGGCGCAUAUAACCUGUGUAGAAUAUUGGAAUGAGAAUCUAUAUGUUGGCACAUCCGUGGGUGAAAUACUACAUUUUGUCUCCCUACCGCCGGAGCCCGAUGAUGAAUCCGGUAACCCUUCGUUUAUACUGGCUUCGAGACGGCCUAUUACAUCCUCGACUCGUAGCACCUCGUCUGCUGGGGUCCAGCAAAUCCUAAUCCUUCCCACGGCCUACAAGGCUUGCGUUCUUUGCAAUGGAUCCGUUUCAUUCUACUCGUUGCCAGAGCUCAGUCCUGCAUAUGGCACAACUAAAGUUCCGAAUUGUAACUGGAUCGGUGGACUUGAUCUGGACGAAUCGAUUGUCGAUGGAGAAGAGGCACCGGACCCUAUCGUGAUGCUGGGGAUGCAGGACAAGAUAAUGCUGGUAAAGAUCGGAGAGGGACCGCGGAGGGUGAGGAAUAUCGAAUUCCCUGGAUGUUUCAUUGCCAAUCGAAGGGGCACAAUUGCGUGCGUUGCGGAUUCACGUUCUUAUGCGUUACUUGAGGUGGAACAUCGUCAAAAGAUACCACUAUUCCCAAUCUCAUCAAACGACCAGUACGAGGACUUUAAAGUGGAAAGUAUACCAUCCAGAAGCGCUAGCCCUGCGCAGGACAAGGCCACUACUUCUAACGGGAAUUCGGGGGCAAAGGGUCAUGGAAGGAGUACGAGUCUAAAUGCCAUUGCUGCCAGUUCACAGCGGCGUCAGCAGAGUCCAAAGUCAGAUAUCUCAGGAACGUCUACCCCGGAAUCCCUCUCAGAAAACAAUUCUUUGAAACCAGCAAACUCUCAGGAUAGAAGGCUGUCGAUACCGAGCAGGUCUCCGUCUGCUGCUCCAGUCGAUGGACUGGGACAAAAGCCUCUUCCUCCAACCCCGACCCCAAAGCGGUCCACGGCAACCUUGAAACCGCAUAUUGUAUCACCUACGCCUUCUGAAUUUCUACUAGUAACUGGAACAGAUGCCUCGCAUCCUGCUGUUGGUAUGUUUGUCAACCUUGAGGGCGAAACAGCUGAGCGUGGUACGAUCGAAUUUCAGACUUACCCCGAUGCAAUUGUACUUGAUAAUGGCGAUGACGAUGAUCCGCAUUCCCACCCAGCUGGUAAUGAGGAGGAUGGAUACAUUUUGGCGGUUGUUAAUGCAGCUGGUGAUACCGAAGAAGGUAACGAGGUGAAAUGUCUAGAAGUGCAAAGAUGGGAUGUCAAUCCAGGGGAAGGAGAGAGGCAAAGGUCUCUCAUAACCAUAUCGCUCAAGAGUCUCAAGAGUCCCACCUCUGGGUCAGUUGGCAUUAGUCGAACAGUGAGCCCGAACCAAAUGAAUUUCUCGGAGGUUGGUGAGCUACUACAGGUAGUUCGACUAAAAAUGCCCAAUCUACGAACGCCUGGAAGUAGGACACCCCAAAGAAACAAGGACCCCAGAACGGAAGCUUCUAUUGAACAGCUGCAAAAAGAAAAGGAACUUUUCGAAAACGACUCAGAUGGCUCUAAGCAUGGUCCUUCCGCUAAACUACCACGCGGCUGGGAAGCGGAAAGAAACCAGGAAGAAUCUAGCUUUGCGAAAACACUAGGUUACGUUAAGAGCAACAUUAUACUCUGGGAAAAGGACCGGAUAUGGCGUGUUCUCCGCAACCCAUUGGCUCUACAAUUGGAGAAUGCCCUAUUGCUCACCCAGGAGGCCGAGGGCAUGGGGACCUGCAGAAUUGCCAACAAGACUGCCAUAAUAGAGAUGAUGAGAAGCCUUGAUUCGAUUUUACCUAGAACAGCGACAGAAUCUCUAGGCUUAAACUACGUCAAAGAAAAGGCUAGCCUGCUUCUUUUCGGAGAUCUCAUCGCGACUGAGCCCGAAGCUCAGACCGCGGAUGCUAUCAAAGCAGUAGAGGAUGCGUUGGUUGCAGGGGAGCUAGAUCCUCGGAUCAUUCUGCUGUUUACCCCACUGCUUAGAGAAGAAAUACUUCAAGGUCCACAAGGAGUUUGGGUUUGUGCUGGACUCACCAAGGUCGUUGAUACCCUACUUGAAGCCUCUAAGGAGCAGGAUGUAGAGACGAAAUUCAACUUAACGGACCCGGUCCUACGAAUGCUCGUGAGAUACUUGACUUCCUGGCACCGAAAGAGAGGGUAUGGAAGCGUGACAGAUGAUACAUAUGUAUUCGAUAGCGUGGAUUCAGCACUCCUCCGCCUCCUACUACACCUUGAUGCAAAGCACAACGAAGCAAAUGGAACAGUAUCCACGUCCGAGAUACGACCAGAGCUCAAUAAGUUAGUUGAUAACUGGAAAGGAAAUUUCACCCGAGCCGUCGAGCUUCUAGAAUCCUACCAGCGACUGUUUGUGUUGAGUCGCCUGUACCAGAGCCGCAAGAUGGCGGGCCAUGUUCUCAGGACAUGGCGAAGGACAAUUGAGGGCGAAAAGGAUGUUGGAGGUGAAAUGACCCUUCCUGCUGUUGAAAUUCAGGUUCGGAAGUAUCUUGUGAAAAUAAGAGAUCCAAAUCUCGUCGAAGAGUACGGCCUUUGGCUUGCGGCAAGGAACCCCAAGCUUGGAGUGCAAGUGUUUUCGGAUGAUACCAGCAGAGUCCAGCUCGAUACGCCCCAGGUUAUUCGAAUAAUGAAAGAGCGUGCUCCGGGGGCUGUUCAAGUCUACCUGGAGCAUCUCGUCUUCACUAAAAACAUCACAAGAUAUGCUGACGACCUCAUAUCAUACUACCUUGACACUGUGCUCUCAGUUCUUGAAACCUCUCCUGAUGCAAGGUCCUCUCUCACCGAAUCUUACGCUACCUAUCGCGCUCUCCGACCCCCAAAACCCUCGUACCUGAGUUUCAUCACCGAGAAUGCGCCUCCAGAGCCGUGGUGGCAAUCACGUCUACGGUUGUUACAACUCCUUGGCGGUGGAGCAAGAAGCCAGUUCACAUCUUCAUCAUCUCCUCCCUCAGACCUACCCUACUCCAUCCCAGCUGUGCUUAAGCGCAUCGAGCCAUUUAAAAAUGAGCUCGUCUCCGAGUGUAUAAUUCUCGGUGGUCGACAAGGGCGCCAUCAUGAUGCGCUCCAUCUUCUCACCCACGGCCUUGGGGAUUACGAUUCUGCAAUCCGAUAUUGUCUAUUCGAGGGAUCGGGCACUUCUACAUCUCAAGUAUCUCAGAGCAUGUUCUCACGAAAGUUUUCUCCGUCUGAAGGCCAGAAGGAACUCUUUGCCGGACUGCUUCGCGAAUUUCUCCAGAUAGCUGAUCCAUCGGACUGCACAGAACGAACGGGUGACUUGUUAGCUAGGUUCGCACCACUCUUCGACGUACGUGAAGUUCUCGACUUAGUUCCUAGUGAAUGGAGCGUGAGCAUCCUAAGCGACUUUUUUGCACGGGCACUGCGCGAUCUAGUCUCAGAAUCCCGAAAUGCAAAGGUCCAGCGUGCCCUCAGCGCAGGACUUAAUCUAAGGGUUUGUGCCGACUUUAUCAAGGAAUCAGAGAAGAUAGGUGGAUGGGUACAAGACGCCGACCAGGUUAAACCACUUAAAGGGGCUAUCAACGCACAGGAAGAGCCUGAGACGGAGGCCGCAGCUGAGGAUGAGGAGCUGCAUAAUGAUGCCGGCGCCCAGAUACGGCAAGACGACACUUUGAAGAUAUCUUGA